CUAACUAGCCGCAGAAUUCCCCACGUAUUUGUUAAUUCCGGAGAUCCUAACAACAACAUCAGCUUUAUUUCUUUUCUAGCUCCGCAUGGUGGCGAUAUCUUUUGUUUAUGCAGAGAAGGAAAAUAAACGUAGGCCUCCACUAAUCAAUCCACUAUUUAUAGCCGCGCGCACCACCUUCCCUCCCCAGCCUUGAGCCUUGUCUGGUGCUUGUAGUUGUAGAAAGGAAGGACUCGAGCCAUGGAGUCUGACACGAUCCAUGCACCCGCCACCUCCUCUUCCUCCUCCUCCCACUCUUCCGGCUCGACUGUCAUCAAUGGCGUACAGGAUGUGUCCGCCAAGCAUCUGAAGCGCAAGAGACAGACCGCCACCUCUCCUGCUCCCGGCACCGGAAGCCAAGGGACGUCGGAGGCCGCCGACGGCGCCCGGGGGGAGGAGAGCAGCAGCUGCGCCGCCGCGGCGGACGAGCGCACGGCCGGUAGGCACCCGUCGUACCGCGGCGUGCGGCGCCGGAGCUGGGGCAAGUGGGUGUCGGAGAUCCGAGAGCCGCGCAAGAAGUCGCGCAUCUGGCUCGGCACGUUCCCGACCGCCGAGAUGGCCGCGCGCGCGCACGACGUGGCCGCGGUCGCCAUCAAGGGCCGCCGCGCGCACCUCAACUUCCCGCACCUCGCCCACGCGCUCCCCCGUCCGGCUUCCACCUCGCCCGCCGACAUCCAGGCCGCGGCCGCCUUGGCCGCCGCCCAAUGCGAGUCUUCCUCCUCCGUCGCCGAGACCACGGAGACGUCGACGACAUCGACGGAGAAGGAGAACUCGACAUCGGCCGCGAGCUCCGGUGAGGCCGGCAGCGGCGAGGAGAACGCUCUGUUCGACCUGCCCGACCUUCUGCUGGACCUGAGGGACGGCCUCUGGUGCUCGCCGACCUGGGCGUCGGCCGCCGACGACUACGACGGCGGCGAAGCCGCCAUGCACGAGCCGCUCCUGUGGGUGGAGCAGUGCUGGACCUAGCCGCUCCGUUCGAACGCGCGGACCAUGACUGGCCAGAAGAGAACACCGGUGGACACUGGCAUGUAGCCAUGUACUAGCAGUAUUUCAUUUUUCCAAUUAGGUUAAGCUUUGCUUCGCGCCAUGCCUCGGUUGCCAUCCUGGGGUGGCAAGUCGUUCUAGCUAGACGUUUCACCGUUUUCCCCACGGUGUGUGUUGUAUCCGGAAUGUGAAAUACAAUACCCUCACAAAAGAAAAAGAAAAAAAGAUGAAAUACAAUUUACCUCUUCAGCCUCAAAA